CCCAGAGCAUCCACACCCACUUAACUACCGAGUUACGACGUUUAUGAAGGGGAGUGGUUGUUGUUUACUGACGUGUAGGGAAACUCUUUAUGAACACAUCUGCAUAUUCUACAACUUUAAAUGCCUCUCCAGUUUGUAGGCUAAUAGUGAGAUGACAGCUAAUGCUGAGGGGGAUAGUGGCAUCUGAUAUGGGUAGCCUCUCUAGAGAGGCUGAAACGGCGACGACUAUGGAGGAUCCGACUCAGAUUGUGAGAAAUCAACCUACUUCAGACCCGAGCGUUUCGCUCGAUGUACCCAUGCUGAAGAACAGGGACUAUCAGCACAAGGUGUUCGUCAAUAGAAGUGUAACAUUGGAGAACAUCAAAUGCUAUGGCUUUGACAUGGACUACACGCUGGCAGCGUAUAAGUCUCCUGACUAUGAGGAUCUAGGCUUUGAGCUGCUCAGAGACAGGCUGGUGUCUAUAGGCUAUCCCCAUGAGCUACUGCGUUACAACUACGACCCCACCUUCCCCACUCGUGGCCUGGUGUUUGACACAAUGUAUGGGAACUUGCUGAAGGUGGACUCGAAUGGAAACAUUCUGCUGUGCAGUCAUGGCUUCACAUUUCUAAAAAGGGACAAGAUCCACGACUACUACCCCAACAACUUCAUUCAGAGAGGCAACACUGACCGCUUCUAUAUCCUCAACACUCUCUUCAACCUUUCAGAGACGUAUCUGUAUGGCUGCCUUGUGGAACUCUUCACCAGAUGUAGCAGAUAUGUAAACUGCCAGAAAGGCUUCAAACAUGGUGACUUGUUCAUGUCAUUCAGAAGUAUGUUCCAGGAUGUUCGAGAUGCAAUGGACUUUGUUCAUGAUACGGGCAUUCUGAAGGAAAGCACUCUGAAGAAUUUGGAUAAAUAUGUCGUCAGAGAUCCAAACUUGCCUGUUCUACUGACUCGCAUUAAGGAGGUGGCCAAAGUGUUCCUGGCGACCAACAGUGACUACAACUACACAGAGGCUAUCAUGAAAUACUUGCUCGAAACUCCACCAGAUGCCAAGGUUAGUCUAGGUGUCUCCAGUUUCAAAUUAAGGAAAAAGGUUUUGGGGAACAAAUUAACAUUGAUUGUAAUGAACAUUUCAAUAUUUUUUUCUUAUAAGAACCCAAAGAAACAGUGGCGUGCAUUCUUUGACCUUGUCGUCGUGGAUACCAGGAAGCCACUGUUCUUUGCAGAGGGAACUGUGCUGAGACAAGUGGACACAAACACAGGGAAGCUCCGCAUCGGAACAUACACUGGAGACCUCCAGCAUGGAACAGUCUACUCUGGAGGCUCCUCAGACAUUGUAUGUGACCUGCUGGAUGUGAAGGGGAAGGACAUCCUUUAUGUGGGGGACCACAUCUUUGGGGACAUCCUGAAGUCCAAGAAGAGGCAAGGUUGGAAGACCUUCCUGGUGGUGCCUGAGCUGGCCAAGGAGUUGCAGGUGUGGACAGAGAAGAGUCAUCUCUUUGAAGAGCUGAAGCAUCUUGAUGUGUUUUUAGCUGAGUUGUACAAGCACCUGGACAGUAGCUGUCGAGAGUGCCCAGACAUCAGUGCCAUUCAGACCAGGAUCAAGGUGGUGACCUAUAGGAUGGAUCUUUCCUAUGGCCAGAUGGGCAGCCUGCUGCGGAGUGGCUCAAGACAGACUCUGUUCGCCAGCCAGCUCAUGCGUUACGCUGACCUGUACUCUUCCACCUGCAUUAACCUGCUCCACUAUCCCUUCAGUUACCUGUUCAGAGCCCAAUCUGUCCUGAUGCCCCAUGAGUCCUCAGUGGAUCAUCACCCUCUUAACUUCCCCUCACCUGAGUUCUCCGCUCUGGAUCAUGUCCAGAAGAUAGCUGAAGCCAAGAGGGCGAGUGAAGAAGAUAACACAGUGGAACUGAAAGACAUGUGAGGAUGUAUUUACCAAAACAAUUAUUCUGUUAUUCCGAAUGUUCCUCCAUAUGUCAAAAAAGGUGGCUGUGUGUUUUUUUUUGACUGGCAAUUAAUUCUAUCUGCUUUUUAAUAGACAACAAUAUAAUCAAAUGUAUAGCGCCACCUGCUGGAAGACAGUUUCAUAACUCGUUUUUUGACAGUAUGUCAAGGGGGGAAGACGUAGAUAUGUCACUGAUUCUAGGUUACUGUAUAAGUUAAUAUUUGUUAUUAUUAAUCUGUUUUUGUGUGUGCUUAUCUAUUUAACUACAGUACUUUUACACAUCCUAUUUGCAAUACUGAUUUUGUUCCAUGUGCAAAUGUAUAUUAACUUUAAUGAGCAUGGAAACUGAAACAUGCUCAGUGACCAUUUAAAUGUCAAGUGUUUGUGGUAUAUUAUUAUGCAGGUUGGCUCAUGUAUGAAUAAGUAUGUAACUAGCCCUGUGGUGCGUGACCAUGGUUAGGUGGAUUUAUUAAAAUGAUAACACAAACCUA